AUGGGAUCUCAGGGUGAGAAUCACGGAGCACGGGCCACGCAGGACACAGUCCAGCUCCCAACCAGUGUCUUCCAGGUUGCAGAAAGGUUGCAAGAAAGGAUUUGUGCACUCUGCCCCAAAGUCCUCAAGUGUAGUGUCCUGUACUUUGCACAAUCAGAGAAUAUAGCUGCUCAUGAAAACUGUUUGCUGUAUUCCUUGGCAGUUGUGGAAAGUGAGGACCAUGACCCAUAUAAUAAUGAUAGAAAUUUUGAUGUGGAAUCAGUAAAGAAAGAAAUCAAGAUAGGAAGGAAGUUGAAAUGCAUGCUUUGUGAGAAAACAGGAGCCACAGUGGGAUGUGACUUAAAAUCCUGUUUCAAGAAUUACCAUUUUUUUUGUGCCAAGAAUGACCACACAGUUCUACAAGCUGAUGGACCUAAAGGAAUUUAAGUGUUUUGCCAGCAACAUGCUGACCCUCAAAAUGAUCUACCAUCAGUAAAGCUGUCUGGUGUCUUCCCUUCUCACUACAGUGAGCGGACCAGACCAAGACAAGCCUAUUUUUCAGGAGUGAAAACAAAGAGGAAGGAGGAAACCUCUCUCAACAGGCAGUCCUGUACAGCCACCUGAAGAAUGGCCCUGAAGAAGGAAAUGGACGGCAGACACACAGGCGCAAUUGUGGACGCUGCUUUUCUUAAGAAAUGUAAAUAAGCAGGACUUCUUGACGCUUUACUUGAAGAAAUAUUAGACAAACUUCAUUUGAAGGAAAGACUCAUGGAUGAGACUACUUCAGAAUCAGACUGUGAAGAAAUUGCUUCACUUUUUGACUGGAGAUUGUUUGAAGACACACUUGCAAAUUUUCAAGCAGCAAUAGAGAAUCAAAUUCGUGAAUCUGAAGAGAGGUGGCGGCAGCUGAUGGAAGAGAUUGAGCUACCUCAGGACUUAACCUUGUACUCCCAGCUUCAGUCAAGUUCCACUUUAGAUUCUUCUCUGUCUUCUUAAGAAGGACCAUUUCCUAAGCCAGGAAUCGAGCAUAGCUGCAAACAGGGAGAAAUCUGGAGAGUGGUCUGUGAGAGCCACACACCUCCAGCACCAGGCCCCUGGGGUCUCUGUGAUCCCUGCCUGCUGUCCCCUGUUCUUGCUGAUGGGCAUCUGAUGCCUGUUACUGCCUUCCCCUCCUUACCAUCAUCUCACUUCUACCUCUCCCCCGCUAGUAAAAUGUUUCUCAGAGUCUACUUCAGUAAAUUAGACCAUGCCUCCCAUGGCUCUAAAAAUC